CUUUGUUUUAUUGCUUUAUAGAUUUACUAGUGUAGCUACAAAUACCAGUAAAAUAUGACUAAUGUCAUAAUUACAUCCUACUUGAGGUACAUCAAGUAGAUUAUAUACAUUAGUUGUUCAAGUUCAAUGCUUCUUGAAUGACAACUUAUAGGGAAACUGGACGAAGAAGGAUAGCAGACCUAUCGACCAUGAGCUCCGGAGAGCUGCCUCACUCCUCGGGAUCGAUCAAGUGGAUCCGUGAUGAUGACGUCAGGCGACUAUUGACCUGGGACGAUCUCAUUAAAGAAGUGCGCCAAUCUCUAGCUGCAUUUUCCAGAGGGCCUGAUCAUCCUGAAGGGGUCGUACAACCCCUUCGCUCCAGGAUACCUGUAGCGGACGAUGGGGUAAUGCUCGUGAUGCCAGGCCUGGCCAAGGAACAAAGAGCCUUGGCCACCAAGAUUGUCACUGUCUUCGGCGGUAAUGCUUCUAAAGGCCUUUCGACGCACCAUGCAUUGAUCCUGCUCAUGGACACAUGUACUGGAGUACCUCUUGCUAUCUUGGAUGGCGAACUCAUAACGGAAAUGCGAACGGCAGCUGCUUCGGCUGUUGCUACUCUGGAAUUAAUCGAGAAGAAAAGUAACCUGAUCAUUGGUAUCCUUGGAGCUGGUACACAGGGUCGUUCACAUGCUCGUGUUAUGUCUCACAUAUUUAAGGACUGCAAGAUAAGAAUUUGGAGCAGGAAAAGGGAGUCAUCUCAGGCUUUGGCAGCCACACUGGCAUCAGAAGGCAUAGUGACAGAGGUGGUAAUGAGUGUAGAGGAAGCAGUCAGAGAUGCAGACAUCAUCAACACCUGUACCAUGGCAUCACAGCCUAUUUUGAAAGCUGAGUGGGUGAAGCCAGGUGCCCAUAUUAAUAGUGUUGGGGCCCCUUCUCCUGACAAACAAGAACUUGAGGAAGAACUCGUUCGAAGGGCAACAAUAUAUGCAGACAGUAAAGUUGCAGCCAACAAGGAGUCAGGGGAUGUCAUUAAUGCUGGUGCUUCAGUAUAUGCAGAAAUUGGUGAAGUAAUUCUACAGACUCAGAUAGCAAAGAAAAAUGGCACAACAAUAUUCAAAUCUCUAGGUCUAGCAGUUGAAGAUGCUGUAUCAGCACAUUUAGUGUACAAUCUCCUGAUGCAAGAAAACAAGAAAUGGAGUCCCUAAUGUUUCACACCUAAAAACCUGCUGACUUCUUUAAUUAUAUCUGCAAACAGUUAA